AUGGCCCUCCAGGCCCGAUCUACAAGUAAUCCCCCUUCUAGAUAUCCAUUUCAGCAAGACGCUGACGAGCCUAGAUACCUCACUACUGAAGAUCUCGAAAGCUUCCGUAUCAACCUUGUAAAGACACGCGAAAUGACAGCAGUUAUCGAGGCUGCUUUCCAGCAACUCAACACCCAGAUCCACAGCAUCAACACCAGCGGACCCGUGUCCACUACCAUCGACCCUAUCAAGAGAGAGAUUCGCAAAUGCAAGGAGGUUGUUGACUCUGCUAUGGAGACUGCUCGCACUCAGGAGGAGGCCUCGAGGGUUCUGAUCGAACAAGGUCGCUUUGGUGACGCACUCACUGCCAUCAACGAGGGACUGAUUGUCAUUGGCGAACUGAAGAAACCACUCAUCGGGAUUCGCGAUCAACUCAAGAAUCUCAGUUCCAAGGGUCGCACCAUUGUCACUGAAAGUCUUCGUCAGAUGGGCUUCGACAAGGAGGUUGAAGCUUGGGAUACCAGUGUAACCGAAUGGACUGGACGUAUGGUCCUUCCUACCUGGAAACUCUAG